CCCAAAGCGCAGUUUAUGUUUCAGAGCGUAGCCGCGUAAAGCUUUGAACGUUUAAUGCGGUCUAAUGUAAGCGAGUAGUCGUGUUUACUAAUAAAACAUAUUGGUAAUUAAGCGUUGCUAAUUUGGUAAUAAGCAUCACAAACACAGAAUUCAAUUAACGUCAGAGAGGAGGUUGUACAGCGGAAAGCGGAGCCGGACAGAGAGCGGAAUAACGAGCUCUGUUGAAAUGAAGCGGCCGGAAUGCAGUAGCACAGUAUGUGAAGUGGCCACGGUAAUGGGCCUGUACAGGGUGUGUAGUGCCAAUUUUAUAACCAAAUGUUAUGUCGGAUUGUUUUGCGAGUGGUUUUAUCUCUGUGCUUAUCGCAGAUGUGUAGUGCACUUUUUCCUGCAACAUUGCAAAUCGUUUAGUGAGUGUUGAGGCGGACUUAGAUAAUCUUAACAAACCGUUUGGAUAAAGGGCCGGCCUAACGGCCCCAUGAUGACCAUGGACGUGUCGAAGACGGAGGCAACGAAGCCUACAAGUAGCGGCAAUCCUCAAGAAUGUGCGGGUUGCUGUAAACCGAUUACUGAACGGUACUUGCUCAAAGCACUCGACAUGUACUGGCACGAGGACUGUUUAAAGUGCGGUUGUUGUGAUUGUAGAUUAGGCGAAGUCGGAUCCACCCUGUAUACAAAAGCGAAUUUGAUUUUGUGCAAACGGGACUAUUUAAGACUGUUUGGAAAUACAGGGUAUUGUGCCGCGUGUAGUAAGGUGAUUCCGGCCUUUGAAAUGGUGAUGCGAGCUAGGAGUAACGUUUAUCACUUAGAGUGUUUUGCCUGUCAGCAGUGUAAUCAUAGGUUUUGCGUAGGCGAUAGAUUCUACCUGUGCGAGAACAAAAUCUUAUGUGAAUACGACUAUGAGGAAAGACUAGUAUUUGCAAACAUGGCGUACAAUCCUCCUCCUUUAUCACAUUUGAAGAGGCAGACAUCCAUACCGCCGACUCCAAUGCCGGGCCAUCUUAUGAACGGCCAUCGUCCUCCUUUACCUCCAACCAAUGGUGACAUGAACAACAACAUGUCCUCAUCAGGACAACCUCCUCUUCCCAAUCAGGCCUUUGGAGGAGCGACUCAUCUGAAGAAUGGUCCAAUGUCUUUAGGGACGCCCAGCUGAAAGUUGUAGAUAAUCACUUGACUGUGAUGUUCACUAUGUAUAUUGUAAGUUCGAUAGUGGAACCAAAAACAAUAUUUUUUUUUAUUUAAAGGGAAACAGCUUAGAUAAUUUGUUGAUGUUAUAAUCGUCGUUUCAUCAUUUCGCAAUUUUAUCCAAAAGCUCGAUUUUGAAAGCCAUUUAGAAUAUAUGUAUCAGUUGCGAAAAUAACAGUAUUAUUCACUUCCAUUAUACUCAAGGAAAAAGUAUUGUUUUUGUCUGUUUAGGCGAUUAAUAAUUACAUAUAUACCAUGAUGCGUUAGUGGUUAUGGUCAGUCAGAACAUAUUUUUUUAUGGACCUGAACGAUGAUGAUCUUCAUUUAGGGAUUUAGCCACUAGCAGUUGAAAUGCUCAUUUUUGUUGUUAGCAUCUAGGUAGAGCUGUUGAAAUGACAAAAGCCUAUAAGCUUUAAUGAAUCCUAAGCUAUUUUUUCAUCAUUCGGCUUGGCAAAAAUGAGCAAUUACCGAUAGGAAAAAUAUUGAAAAUAAAUUUGUAAAUAUACUGUAUACGUUAACAUUGUUUGUAAAUAAUGCUCAAUAUCUAAUGAUAUUAUAAAUCUGAUGAAAAUGAUAAUAUAAGACUACUUGCUCUAUAGAUGUGCAAUAUAACUUUUAGAAGUCUGCGGUUCUAAGAAAGUCUGUUAGCAAUCUUCGUCACUUUUUGGUUGAUUUAUACCUACAUCAGUAAAGAGUUUUAAAUACUACUUUUGAGCAUCAAAGUUUACCCAAAUUACGUGGGUUAUAGUUUUGUUAAAGGCUUCAUAUCUUAGCUUUGUCCAUUAUGUCAGUCGCUCUGUAUACUGUGUUAUAUUGUGUUCAAGAUAGAAACAACAGAAAAUGCCUGGAAUUAAUUAAAUUUGCUUUAUUUAUUUCUCUUAUAAAAUGGGAGAAUUUGAUAGCCAUAAUACUGAAAUUGAAUGCCGUGAAACUUCACUUCACACUGUUUGUUGCGUUCUAAUAAUUCUCCACUCAUUCAGUGACUUUACGUUUAGUUUUACCAGUAGUGUAAGAAAUUUGUAGUAUUCACAUACUUCGUUACAGUAUUUACUUUUAAUUGUUAUUUGAUGUCAAUGAGUUAUUUUUCAUUAUUUUGUUGUUGCCAUAUUAUACGUUAAUAAUUUUAAAACUUAGUUAUGUAAAUAUCGAUUUAAAAAUCGGCUAGGAAAUAGACGUAUUAAGGAAAAUUGAAGAGGUGCCAAUUGAGUUUCUUUGUUUGUUGUACAGUACAAAAUUAGCGUAUCGCAUAUAAUGCCAAUGAGUUUACCAAAGAAAUAAAGUCAUACUUAGUAACAUAA